UGGUGGGGUCUGUAGGAGGGUAAAUAAAUGUUAUCGCGUAAAAAGAGCUAAGCUACUGUGACCCUCUUCCUUCUUCUGGCGGUGUUCGAGGAAGCAGGAGACGGCCGAGGCCGUGGUUGUGGCCGUGGCCGAGCCGCCGAGGGAGUCCGAGUGUCGAAGGAAACAGGGGAGAGCGGCAGGAGGAAAAAAACACAGAGAGAAAAAGAAAUAAAAAAUUAAAAAACCAAAAAAAGCGCGCGCCUUGUGGUCCCCACCUCCCCAUGUGCAUCUUCUCUUCCUCUCUGUCUCCACCUUCUCCUGCCUCUCGCUCUUCUUCCUCCUCCUCAAUCAUUACUCUCCUCUCCUCCCUCCCACUCCUCCUUCGCUUCCGCUACCCGUUCCGUUCCUCUUUUCCGAAACGAAACAAACACAACGAUAUUAAUUCUUUCCUUUCUCUAUUCCUUCCGAGGCCAUGAGCAACCCUGACGACGGCGGCGGCGCCGCCCUCGAGGGCCAGCACAAGCCAUCGCGGCCGCCCGUAGCCGGGAACGGCUCGCUGGUGCUCAAGAAACCCCCAGCCAAGGACCGCCACAGCAAGGUGGACGGGCGUGGCCGCCGCAUCCGCAUGCCCAUCAUCUGCGCUGCCCGCGUCUUCCAGCUCACCCGCGAGCUCGGCCACAAAUCCGACGGCCAGACCAUCGAGUGGCUCCUCCGCCAGGCCGAGCCCUCCAUCAUCGCAGCUACUGGCACCGGCACCACGCCCGCUAGCUUCUCCACGGCCUCCUCUUCUCUCCUCCGCUCCGGCCCUUCCUCUUCCCCCGCCCCUCUCGCCCUCCCUUCUCCCUCCUCCCCUACCGCCGGCACCCACCUCCUCUCUCACUCCCUCGCCCCCGCCCCCUUCAUCCUCGGCAAGCGCCUGCGCGCGGACUACGAAUCCGGAAGCAAAGAGGAAACCGUCGCGGACGCCAACGGCGGCGUAGGGAUCGGACCGGCCGCCGGCUUCUGGGCCGUGCCGACCCGGCAGGACUACGGGCAGUUCUGGAGCUUCGCGACGCCGGACAUGGUCCCGGUGACGCUAACCGGAAGGUUCGCCGGCCAGCCGAUGGGGGAAGCAUCCGCCGCUCGCGUCGGCAACUACCUUCCCCUCGCCGGACACCUCAAUCUGCUAGCCUCAUUGUCGGGUGCUCCCGGAGCCGCUUCCACAGGGGCUGCGUCGGCGGCGACCGACGACGACGCUCAUUAGCUAGCUGCUUGGAGUUUAGGGUUUUCUGAGCUCAAGAUCAAGAUCAAGAUCAACCAUGGAAUUCAGCUGCAAUUAAUAUUCUUCUUCACCCCGCCCGGCCGCACGCACAUGUACACACGCCGAAGCUGGAUGUAAAAAGUCGGUGGUCAUCCUCUGUGGGGAAAAAAGAGCAUUAAGUGCGAUCGAGUGCUAGCUAAUACGAAAAAACUGACUUUGGAA